AUGUGGGAGUCCAUUAGGGACUACCCACUCCAUCCCCGUAUAGUUAGACGCCUUCAGGAUACGGGUUUCUAUAAGAUCAUAGAGAUCGGCCGGUUGCAGUUCGACUGGGCUUUGAUCACGACUAUGAUAGAGCGGUGGCGACCAGAGACGCACACGUUUCAUCUACCCAUCGGCGAGGCUACCAUCACGCUUGAGGACGUGGAGGUUCUUUUCAGGCUGACGGUUGAUGGAUUACCGUGGCUCACCGGUUUCCAGCCAGCAGAGGAGACUCUAUUGAGUGGGUUCAGUCGUUCGCAGUUGACCCCCGUUCAACAGCAUCUGGAGGCGAGAGAUGCGGAGAUUACGGAUGAUUCACCACCAGAGGUUAUUGACCGGUAUACGAGAUUGUUACUUCUGAUGUUUGGUGGUGUACUGUUCCCGAACACUUCAGAAAACCUAGUCAGCUUGAAAUUUCUACAUCAUCUUGAGCGACUAGAUGAUUUACCUGGUUACAGCUGGGGUGCAGCUGUUUUAGGUUACCUGUAUAAGCAGAUGUGUCGGGCGUGCAUGGGCACCCAGAGAGACAUUGCCGGAUUUUUAUCGCUGCUGCAGAUGAAAACAUAG